AUGCUUGAAGAGGAGCUCAAUGCCACCAAGGCAAAGCUUGCUCAGGAUCCUUACAAUCGGGCAUCUCACCGCGAGCUCAUUGUACGCCUAAAGUCACAAUUGCCCCAGCUAUGGGACGAGCUUGAAGCUGCCCGAACGACUUAUAACAUGAUAUUUCUUCCCACAACUCGUGAGAUUGACGAUUGGAUAAUUGAUACCAAAACAUACAAACCGGAAUUGAUUGGCAACGUAUAUGAAGCUGUAAUAGCAGAUUAUCCAAGUGUUCGCUAUUGGGUUGACUACCUUGACUAUACCGAAGAUUGGAGGCGGGCAGUGCCCGUGGCCAAGGCCGAUUUCAAAAAUGCCCGAAAGCUUUGGUUGAAAAUUUUAUCUGUGGCCGACGAACCGGAUCACCGGGAGAUAUUGUGGGACAUGAUAUCAGCUCCUCAUGAGGGUCUUGACGAGUCCUUUUCGGAAUUGUCGAAAUGGGUGCUGACCAAUCUCAAAGAUGAUUAUCAAUCGGAGAUGACUAAAGCAAACAAGGUGUAUGCGAAAACUAAGAAGCAGUUGCCUUACUACGAAAAGUUUGAGUUUGAUCUUCCUGCCAAAUGGCAAGAAUACCUCGAAACUCUCAAUCGAUAUCGUACGCUGUUGGAUGAUUUGCGUGUCCCGUUUGUACGUUACAUUCUUGAACAGGGUUACGACUUCAAGAUGUAUCUCACUUACAUUUACCUUCUUUACCUGAAGCCUGAUAAUUUGGAGUUGGAACUUUUACGGUUCAUCCGACUGUUCCCUGAUCUGCCAGUUCCUUACGCCGAAUAUAUCCGUAAUUGUGAUCUGUUUGCUGAUUCAAACACAACAUUCAGUUACGCCUAUGAUCGGGCACUGCGGCUCAUGACUCAAGUGGAUUAUGAUCAGUGGAAAAUAGUUGCUCAAGCAAUCUUGUCGCAUCGCAAACACCUAAUCGAUGGUGGCGACAAGUCUGAGCUUUCCUCAUUACUUCAAGACAUAUUCAGCUUCGUUGAAUACGCAAUUGACCAUAACAAUGACGGCUUUCACUCCGUUGAAAAGCUUGCAACCACCAUCCUAUACGAAAUCGGUGAGUCUGAAAAGGCCUAUCAAAUUCUUGAGGCGAUGGUGAAGCAAUUCCCUGACCAGCAUUCAGUGUGGAUGUUUGCUAUAAAUUGUUUUCGCAUAUACCGACAGCCACACGUUGAUUCCUUCUUUGAGCAAGCUGUUAACAUCGUUGAUAUGGAUUGGCCUGAGGGCAUAAUCGAAGCAUGGUUAGAGCACGUUCAACUACAAGGAAACUCUCAGGACUAUCGUAACGCUGUGCUCAAGGCCAAUGCUCAAAUGAAGAAGGUUUCAUUGUAUCGAGAAGAAGUCAAGGGUGCAAUUGAGGAUAGACCCAGCAAAAAGCGGGACAGAGAAGAAGACGAUGAAGAUGAUGAGGAAGAGGAAAAGAAAGAGCUGUUUUCCACAAAGAAGCAGAAGAACUAUGAGAAUCCCGAUAUGAAGCGUCUGCGGGAAUGGUACAUGGUCAAGGUUAGUCCCAUAACCAACGAAAAGCUGGUUAAAAAGCUAUUCGCAGAUUGUGGCACCAUUAGGAAUAUUGUGAUCAACGAAAACGCUGCGUUUGUUGAGCUUACAGGUGAACGAUCUGUCUUAGCUGCUUUAACCAAAGACAAAAAGAUUGUUGAUGACGAAGUGGUGACAGUUGAGCGCCACCAGCUCAGCGUGGUUUAUGUUUACAAUUAUCCACCUCGAAUGAGCCAGCAAGCCAUAGUUGACCUCUUCGGUCAAGUGGGCAACAUUGUUGAUGCUAGAUUUCCCAAUCAAACGCAUGAAAAGCAACGCCGCUUUUGCUACAUUGAAUACACUUCAGCUGACUCGGCAAACGAAGCUGUAACGAAAUUCAACGGAUAUAUGCUCUCGGAGAAUAAUCGAGAAUUCAAGUUGGGAGUAGCAAUUUCUGAUCCCAGCGUGAAGCAUCGGCACACCACUUACGCUGAUUGCAAAGUGCGGGUGUCGAAUAUGCCAUAUGAAGUGAGCAAAAGUCAAAUACGCGAGUUCUUCUCAUCUAAGGACGUGGUAAUACCUCAAGUCAACAAAAACCGCCGCAAAGAUCACCAUAAUGACGGCAUUGCGAUUGUCAUAUUUGAGGACCCCGAUCAAGCAACUAAUGCUCUCAGUAAAGACGACACGCAAUUUCACGGGCGCAAUAUCCACGUAACUCGUGUUGGGCGCCUGUAUCGUGAAUUCCGUGAACCCAAUACUGUUGGGAUUACUGGUGUCAACUCAAGUCUAUCUAUAGACCAAAUAGCGGCGUAUUUUGAGGAAAAGGGCUACAACAUUUCCAAAGUGGAAAUAUUUCCAGCUAACCACGCCGCUCUCGUUGAAUUCAAGUCUCCUGCUGAAGCAGGAAAAUUCACUUUAGCCCCUGCUCUUGAAGAAAUUCAGCAGCUGGGUGAGACGGCAAGGGUGGUAUCUAAAGCCGACAUUGACUUGUUAACUAAGUCAGUUAAACGAUCCGCUGAAACGAAACCAAAGAGCAUGAUUCCUCCAUCGCUCCAAAAGCGGAAGCGUUGA